AUGAUAAAUAAAGUUGCUAUAGUUACUGGAGCUAAUAAAGGUAUUGGCUUGGGAAUAGUGAAAGAGUUAUGUAAACGAGGAGUCAGCCAUGUUUAUCUUACGGCUCGAGAUGAAAAAAGAGGCGUAGAAGCUGUAAAUAAUCUAAAACUAGAAGGUUACAAUCCCCUUUUUCACCAACUCGACAUAACAAAUGAAGAAAGUGUUAUAAGGUUUGCUGGUUUUAUUAAAACAGAGCUCAGAGGAAUUGAUAUUUUAUUUAAUAAUGCUGCAGUCGCAGGUGAUAACGUAACAGGAGCAACAUAUGAAGACGCGAAUCGCGUUAUCAGUGUCAACUUUGAUAGCAUUCUCACUAUUGAAAAGUAUAUCUUUCCGUUGUUAAAUAAUAACGCACGUGUUAUCAACGUGUCGAGUGAUCUUGGGCAUUUAUCUAAACUGAAGAAUAAAUAUUGGAUUAGUACUCUCUCAAAAGAUGACUUAACAUUAGAUAAUGUCAAAAAAUUUACGGAUUGGUUUUUAGACGCGGUAAGGAAUAAUACUUUGAAAGAAGAAGACUUUUCGUUGCCUUAUUUUUUAUCGUAUGUAGUAUCAAAAAUUGCUUUGUCUGCAUACACGAGAAUACAGCAGAAAAAAAUUGGGAGAGGAAUUUCUAUAAAUUCGUUGCACCCUGGCUUUGUGAAAACGUCAAUGACGAAGGAAACAGGUAUGCUAACUAUUGAGCAAGCCAGUGAUGCUCCCGUUUAUUUGGCUUUAGAUGCUGAUCAAUCUAUCAAGGGCAAAUACAUUUGGUUUGACAAAACCGAAAAAGAAUGGACUAAUAUUUCAUUAGACCUAAAUUACGUUGAUCCAAGCCUGUUCAAAAAAUUACUAGAUCGGAGAGCUAUAGAAACACCUUUAAAAGUUUAUCAUGAGGAAUAA